UCUGGGGAAGGAAUUUGCCGACGUACCCGGAACUGUUUCCAAGGUUUCCUCGGGUUCUGGCGGUGGUACGGCUGCGGGUCCUGGGAGCCAAGGCAACGGAGAAUUUUCCCAGGCUCGCGCGAGCGCCCUCUUCACCCACGGAUUCAGGGACCCAGCAAUAGCGAUGGCUCCGGUGUCUGGCUCCCGCAGCCCGGAGUGGGAGGCCUCGAGCUCCGGGGGGAAGCGUCGCAGUUCUUCGAAGAGCCCUAAGCCUAGCAAAUCCUCUCGCUCCCCGCGCGGCCGCCGCUCUCGCUCGCGCUCUUGCUCUCGGUCCGGAGACCGGAAUGGCCUCAGCCAUCAGCUGAGUGGCUCCAGCCAAGGCUCCCGAAACCAGUCCUACCGUUCGCGCUCGCGGUCACGCUCUCGAGAGCGGCCCUCCGCACCUCGCGGCGCCCCUUUCGCUUCUGCCUCCUCGUCCGCCUAUUAUGGCGGCUACUCACGCCCCUACGGGAGCGACAAGCCGUGGCCUAGCCUCCUGGACAAGGAGAGGGAGGAGAGCUUGCGGCAGAAGAGACUAAGUGAGAGAGAGAGGAUUGGAGAAUUGGGAGCUCCUGAAGUGUGGGGACUUUCUCCAAAGAAUCCAGAACCAGACUCUGAUGAACAUACACCAGUAGAGGAUGAAGAGCCAAAGAAAAGCACCAGUUCAGCUUCUACUUCAGAAGAAGAAAAGAAGAAGAAGAAGAAGUCUAGUCAUUCAAAAGAAAGAUCCAAGAAAAGGAGGAAGAAAAAAUCAUCUAAAAGAAAACACAAGAAGUAUUCUGAUGAUAGUGACAGCGACUCUGAUUCUGACACAGACUCCAGUGAUGAAGAUACAAAAAGGAGAGCAAAGAAAGCCAAGAAAAAGGAAAAGAAGAAGAAACGCAGAUCGAAGAAAUAUAAGAAAAAGAAGUCUAAGAAGAGCAGAAAAGAUUCCAGUGACUCAAGUUCUAAAGAGUCCCAAGAAGAGUUUCUGGAGAAUCCCUGGAAGGAUCGAUCAAAACCUGAAGAACCCUCAGAUUUGAUUGGCCCAGAGGCUCCCAAAACACUUGCCUCUCAAGAUGAUAAACCUCUGAACUAUGGCCAUGCUCUGUUACCCGGUGAAGGUGCAGCUAUGGCUGAAUAUGUAAAAGCUGGAAAACGUAUCCCACGAAGAGGUGAAAUUGGCUUGACAAGUGAAGAAAUUGCAUCAUUUGAAUGUUCAGGCUAUGUAAUGAGUGGCAGCAGGCAUCGCCGAAUGGAAGCUGUGCGUCUGCGAAAAGAAAACCAGAUCUAUAGUGCUGAUGAGAAGAGAGCCCUUGCAUCCUUUAACCAAGAAGAGAGACGAAAGAGAGAAAACAAGAUCUUGGCCAGUUUUCGAGAGAUGGUAUACAGGAAAACUAAAGGGAAAGAGGACAAAUAAGGAUUUCCUGAUUGUUCAUCAGACGUUUUUAACAACAAAAAAGAAAGUUUGGGUUCCAUAUAUACACACACAAAAAGAUUAUGAUCUGAAAAAGCUUUACAGUGCUACUGUGCCUUCUAUUUAAUUCUUUCAGUCCUAUAAAAAAACGCUGCGUAUUGAUAUAACUUUAGCAAGCUCUUUGGGUUAUUUUGGAUUAACCAAAACAACUUUCUGGUUUAAAAAUCCAAAUCAUGAGUGAAAUUCUGCUGUGUUGGGGGAGGAGACAUUGAGAGAAAAUGCUGGUGAAAUGAGGAACUGAGCUCUUAAAUUGUGGGACAGUGCUGCCACGAGUUCUACAUGAUGCCCACCCCAACUGAACUUGUGGGAAGUUACCAUUCCUCUAUGUUGAAUGUCAUAAAGGGACUUGAUAGAAACAUACAGGAGGCCACUUUUGUUAACAGAAAGAAGGCAUGGCUGAAAAAAAGAAAAUCUAGAAUUUGAAGAUUGACUUGUAUAUUACAAUAUGCUGUCUGCUCUGGAAAUAAUGUAUUUUGAUUUUAGUCCCUACCUCCACCCCCAAACCAACCAACAAACCAAACAGCAAACUAACCCACAGACUUACUGAAUUGAAAAUAUGAACAUUAGGUUUAAAAUUCUUAACAGGUUACUUAAGAAUGGCUCUUUCAAAUAUAAAAUAUUGGGAAGUCUGUUCUGUAAAUGGAAGUACAUUAUUUCCAUCUGAACUGUGUUUAAUCAUCAUUUGAACACUGUAAAUGAAUAGGAAUCAAUAAUAAUCAGGAGUUUAAUAAGGAAAAAUACGUGAAUUAUUGCUUUAACUUCAUGUGUCAUAAGGAUGAAGAUAAUGUGAUAUUAAAAAUGUUUUUAACUCUGUA